CUCAAAAUGACAGCAACCUCUGCCGUCAGCGGCGCGCUCCUGUUCUCCCUUCUCUGUGAGGCAAGUGCUGUUGUCUUACUCAAUUCCACUGACUCAUCCUCGCCAACCAAUAACUUCACUGAUAUUGAAGCCGCUCUGAAAGCUCAGCUCGAUUCUGCGGACAUCCCCAAAGCCAGGCGGAAGCGCUACAUUUCGCAAAAUGACAUGAUCGCCAUCCUUGACUAUCACAACCAAGUCCGGGGCAAGGUGUUCCCACCGGCCGCCAACAUGGAAUACAUGGUUUGGGAUGAAAAUCUUGCAAAAUCUGCUGAGGCUUGGGCCGCCACCUGCAUUUGGGAACAUGGACCUUCUUACUUACUGAGAUUUUUGGGCCAAAAUCUCUCUGUGCGAACUGGAAGAUAUCGCUCUAUUCUCCAGUUGGUCAAGCCAUGGUACGAUGAAGUGAAAGACUAUGCUUUUCCGUAUCCCCAGGACUGCAACCCCAGAUGUCCUAUGAGAUGUUUUGGCCCCAUGUGUACACAUUAUACACAGAUGGUUUGGGCCACCUCCAAUCGAAUCGGAUGUGCAAUUCACACUUGCCAAAACAUGAAUGUGUGGGGAACUGUGUGGCGCCGUGCAGUGUACCUGGUGUGCAACUACGCCCCAAAGGGCAACUGGAUUGGAGAAGCGCCAUAUAAAGUAGGGGUACCAUGUUCAGCUUGUCCUCCGAGUUACGGGGGAUCUUGUACUGACAACCUUUGUUUUCCGGGAGUAACGUCAAACUACCUAUAUUGGUUCAAAUAAGCUUAUCGGCUCCUCCAGGAAGUUGAAUGCUUUCUGGGAAUCAUAGGUCUAUAUAUAUAUUGAGUUUUGCACAUAUUAUACAUAUUUUAUAACAAUCUUGUUUUCCUUUUA